ACCUUUGUUGAUAAUUCUUGCAUUAUUUUCCUUUUUUGUAUAGUUGUUUUUUAUGUAAAUCUAGCAUCAUUAAAGUGACGAUGAGUGAUCAUUAUAAGGCUUUUUGAUAACAUUUUGAUUAAUCUGAGUGUGUAAACUUUAGAGUGUUAACACUGUGUGAAUCAAGAAAUGAACUAAUUUUUGUUUGCAACUGAUUUUACAGGUUUUCCAUGCUUGUGCAUUUCUUCUUGUGUCACGUUAUUUCAUACUGUAAUGUUUUUAAUUUAGACAUUUGUAGAAACUUGUGUUGUUGUAAGAAGUCUAAUGUGACAUGACGGGUAUCAUUAAUGUUUGGAACUUUCUCCAAUUUUUAAGAAACAGCUUGAAGCUUAUAUGAAAAGUGAGUUAUAGUAGAAUUUGUUUAUAAGUAGUAACUUUAUGAAUUUUCAGUUCAGUUUGUUUGUCACUGUCAGCCAGUUAGCGUAGUGAAUAUUGAGUUUGUGUUUCUUCAAAGAAUGAGAGAUACGUAAUUAGUAAGUAAGUGGAAUUUCUGUUAGGUAUAGUUUUUUUGUGAAAUUAGGCCUAUCUGUGAAUGCUGUUUAUGCUAAACAUGUAGUUUGAAGUUGAAGAAAUGAAUUGGUAUUAUUAAGUGGAUUGGAUUUGCCCUCAACAGAAAUUUUGUCUGUAUGUGUGUCUUUUUUUUUAUAGAGGUAAUAUGUGCAGUGAUAAUCUUACAACUGCAUUUAUUUACAAAAUCACUAUCUUUUUUUGCAGGUUUCCUUAUAUGGGAGUAUCCAUAGGCUUAGCAAUUAAAAAGGAGAUUGUGCUGGGGAUUGUGUAUAAUCCUAUGUUGAAUAAGAUGUACUCAGCUAGGAAAGGAAAAGGAGCUUAUUGUAACAAUACCAGGCUCCAAGUCUCAGGAAUUGAAGAUAUCUCUGAAGCUCUACUGAUAGUUGAAGUAGGAAGUAAUCCCGACCCUAAAAAGAUGGAACUAGUAUUUAAUAACAUAAAUUCACUAGUUAGGAAAGCACAUAGUAUGCGCUCCAUGGGUUCUGCAGCUUUGAACAUGUGUGCUGUAGCUGCUGGAGAAGCUGAGGCUUAUUAUGAAUUUGGGAUUCACUGCUGGGACAUGGCAGCUGGACUUUUAAUUGUACAGGAAGCUGGUGGGGUUGUUGUGGACACAGAAGGUAAAAUUCAACAUCAUAAUAUAGUAUACAGUUCUUUGAUGAAACUAAGUUGA